AUGGAAACCAUCAACUUUUAUAAUGGAUUAUGGCAGGAAAUCAAACAGAAAUAUAGUGAUCCACGAACAUCUGAUCUCUUCAUGAUGAAUUCUCCAAUUCCAUCGGCUUUGAUCUGUAUAGGGUAUUUAAUAGCUGUUUGUCUGGGACCAAAGUUCAUGGCCAAUCGUUCGCCAUAUAACAUUCGUCAACUGUUAUUAGUCUAUAAUGUUACAAUGGUUGUUUUAUCUGGUUAUCUUUUCUAUGAAUUUCUUGCUGCUGGCUGGCUAAAUGGUUACUCAUUGGGUUGUCAACCUGUCGAUUAUUCUCGAUCAGCGACUGCUAUGAGAAUGGUUCGUGUUUGCUAUUUAUUUUUUCUCUCAAAAUUUAUCGAAUUAUUUGAUACAAUAUUUUUUAUAAUGAAAAAAAAUUUUCAUCAAGUUAGCGUUUUACAUGUUUUGCAUCAUGGUAUAAUGCCGAUUAGUUGGUGGUUUGGUAUUCGUUUUGUUCCGGGCGGUUUCGGAACCUUUCAUUCUUGUAUUAAUUCAUUUAUACAUUUUCUUAUGUAUUUGUAUUAUGGCCUUGCAGCACUGAGCCCUUCGUUUCGACAAUACUUAUUUUUAAAAAAAUCCAUGACAUGGAUGCAAAUGAUUCAAUUUAUGCUUGUAAUGGUUCACACGUCGCAACUAUUUUUUUUGGAAUGUGAUUACCCAAUUUUAUUUGCUUAUUGGAUAUUUGCCUACGCAAUAAUGUUUUUAUUAUUUUUUGCAAACUUUUAUGUACAAGUUUACAAGAACAAAUCCUCAUCAGGAAAGUCAAAAUCUCAACCGAUCAAAUCAAAAAUAAAUGGUUACAAAAAAGAAGAAUAA